GGAAGGGGCGGGACGGAGAGCGGUGGUUCUCCGGCCUUUUCCGGGCGUCAAUUUAGUGGCGGGAAAAUCGGGUCCUGAGGCUGCCUCUUUCCGUCCCAGGCGAUUCCUCUUCGCGCCAGUCAGAAUGGAGAAGCAACCCGGAGAGCAAGCGGCCGCCGAGCCCGCGGACUCCGGAGCGGGAGGCGGGGAAGGCGGGUCACCACAGGUCGCCGGCGCCCAGACGGCGCGUCCCGAGGACCGCUUGACCCUGCUGCUCAGGCUAAGAGCACAGACAAAACAACAACUCUUGGAAUAUAAAUCAGUAGUUGAUGCAAAUGAAGAAAAAACUCCAGAACAAAUCAUGCAAGAUAAGCAAAUUGAAGCUAAAAUUGAAGACCUGGAAAAUGAAAUUGAAGAUGUGAAAAUUGCUUUUGAAAUAAAAAAGCUUGCAUUAGACAGGAUGCAACUUUCGGCUGCACUUAAAAAAAACCUGGAGAAAAUUAACCCCAAGACUAGUGUGCUCAUGGAUAACAUGAAACAUGUAUUAAAGCUAAACAAAUUAAUAAUGAAAUCACACCAGGAAUCUUGGGAUUUGGAGGAAAAACUACUUGAUGUUAGGAAGAAGAGAUUACAAUUAAAACAAGCUUCAGAAAGUAAGCUUUUAGAAAUACAGACUGAAAAGAACAAACAGAAAAAUGAUUUGGCCAAUAUGGAAAAUUCAGACAAGAUAAAGACCAUACAACAAAACCUGCAGAUGGAGAUACAAAUUACGACAGUUAUUCAACAUGUGUUUCAGAAUCUCAUUUUAGGAAGUAAAGCCAAUUGGGCAGAGGAUUCUGCCUUUAAGGAAACCGUUCUACAGCUUGAGAAGAAUCUCACCAUGAUCUAAUAAGAAUUCUGUUUUAUUUUUUGUUUCAGUCUUUAAUAUGUCAUUUAAAUAGCAAAUUUAAAGUAAAAUUUUUAGUGUUUUUGGAACUAAUAUUGCAAAGUUUUUGUAGCUUAACACUAUAACAUGGAAUUUGUUCUUUCAACUAUGUUAAUUAAAGUGACUGGCAUUCUCUAAAACAAUCUGACAGUCUUAGCCUUGCAAGGGCCCCGAAAGACAUCUAAUCUGGCUUUCCAUUGAAUGUGGACAUUUUUUCUGCAACAUUUCUGGCAGUCCCAACUCUUACUUGGAAUACUUCUUUUUUUCUUUUUCUUUUCUUUUCUCAUUUCUCUUUCCUCUCCCUCCCUCCCUCUCUUUCUUUCUUUCUUGUUUCAAGUUUUUAUUUAAAUUCCAGUUAGUUAACAUACAGUGUUUCAGUAGAAUUUAGUGAUUCAUCACUUACAUAUGACACCCCAGUGCUAAUCACAACAAGUGUCCUCAAUACCCUUCACCCAUUUAACCCAUCCCUCCACCCCCCAUUAUUUGGAAUACUUUUGUGCAUUUGUCAGUCAACUAAAAUAUUACAAAAAUUAGAAAAGGGUAUCGACAUCUUGAUGUUUUUUUCAACUAUCAGUUGUAUUUUAUUGAAAUAAAUCUCAUUUUAGUUUUAUCUCAACACAUUUUUUGCCUCUUUUUUUUUAAUACAGAGAUAUAAUUGACAUAGCAUUGUGUAAGUUGAAGGUAUACAAUGGGUUGAUUUGACCACCAUGGCAUUAGCUCACAUCUCUAUCAUGUCACAUAAUUAUUUCUUUUUUGUGGUGAGAACAUUUAAGAUCAUAGUAACUUGGAAGUAUAUAAUACUGUUAACUAUAAUCACAAUGCUGUGCAUUCAAUCUCCAAAAACUUACUCAUCUUCUAACUGCAUUUUUGUACUCCGUGACCAACAUCUCCCGAAGUCCCCCACACCCCAUCCGCAUCUUUGUUUAUUUUCCCAUCCAUCCACAUCUUUAAACAGAAACCCAAAUAAAGCACCUCAACCUUGAAAAACAAAAAAGAUAAACACUUCCAAAAUGUUAAGACUUGUGGUUAUUAUAGAGUAAUUGUGACUUCUUUAUUUUGUACUUCUAUAUCACAUAUUACUUUUAUAAGUUAAAAAGUAAAAAGAGUAGGUGUUACUCUUUCUUAUUAAUAACUUGACCUUGCUGGGGUGCCGGUCUGGCUCAGUCGGUAGAGCAUGUGACUCUUGAUCUCAGGGUCGUGAGUUCAAGCCCCACGUUGGGUAUACAUAUUACUAAAAAUAUAUAAACUUAAAAAAAAA